AUGAAGGCCCAUGUGCUGGAAUGUGUGGCAUGCAGCGUGGAUAAGCUCGCUGAAGUGAACUUGGAGCCGCCGCAAUGCUUCCAGGUGCUUGUUUUAGCAGUGACCGUUCUGGGAGCUGGUGCAGCAAAGAUCCGAAGUCGGGCAAACGAGAGCAGCCAGGUGACUUGCACGCCUGUCCAGUCCGAGCUGACCAAAGAAGUCACACUUGCGCUUUGUGGAAAAUUGAUUAACAACAAGGUCAACAGAGGACCGGACACGAAGGCGUGUUUCGAUGCCGACACCCCGCAUGUGCGCAAGGCUUUGGCGAACAACAUGUUCAAGCACUGUGGUGCAUGGCAUCUCUACGACUUUCGGGCCAGCAGCUCUAUUUGUUGGUCAUGGACUGCGAAGGGUAAGUGCUUCAAGCGAAGUGGGAUGCCCAGCUUUCACUUGUGA